CUUCCUAUGUCCCUCAACCCUAGCCACUAUCUUCACAAUUCAAAAUUUGAACGGUCUUUUCAGCUUCCCACGUUCCACCAACUUCUCAAGCUUCAACAAUCUCUCUUCACAAUUCAAAAUUUGAACACUAGUCCUUCAGCUUCCAACGUCCCAUCAUCUUCCAAGUUCAAAAGCUUCAACAAUCUCAUCACAUUUCAAAAUUUGAACCCUCAUUUCAGCUUCCCGCGUCCCACCAACUUCCCAAGCUUCAUUAAUGGUAGUCGUAUACGACGAGUCCGAUCCUCAUAUUCCAAUUGAUGCUUACCCUUUGCGAAGGUCUAGCGCGAGAUUGAAGAAGCAGGGGACGAGCGAGAAAUCGAAUCACUCCCUUAAAAGGAAAGCAGAUUCACCAGCGUCCGUUAGCAAAAUGGUUGGUACGGAUAAGAAGAAAAGGACCCAGAAGCUUCCUGAGUUCACUGGGGAUAGCAAGGCACCGGAAGUGCUCGCUGAUGGCUGUGAUGUUGCGGCCGAAGUUCAGAAGACUGUUCAUGAGUCACUGGAGGUGCUUGCCGAUGGCUGUGAUGGAGUAGCCACUGUUCAGAAGAAUGUUCAUGCCAAGGUGAUAGACACUCUUCGUGCUUUCAACAAGCACUACCUCCAUUUUAUUCAGAAAACUGACGACCUUUGUGACUUGCCUCCUCGAAAUUUGCAGGAAGAAGAGAACCGCUGCGCGAGGCUGGAAGCUGAUAAGAAGGUCAGGGAAAAGGACACAAAAUCAAAGAAAGUGGAUUCAUCUGAAGACUAUAAAAAGCCUUCCAAGCGACCUGAUUUGAAGGCUAUAACAGAGAUGAUGAAGACUGGAGCUACUUUGUAUCCUGAUAAGAGAUUUGGCUCCAUUCCAGGUAUUGAUGUUGGUCAUCAAUUCUUUUCACGGGCUGAGAUGGUCGUCGUUGGAUUUCACCAACAUUGGCUCAAUGGAAUUGAUUAUAUUGGGAAAUCUGCUGUUUCUGGGAGAAAGUCACUUAAAUCAUUGGAUCUGGGGCAGUACAACCUCCCACUUGCUAUAUCCAUCGUGUUGUCCGGACAGUAUGAAGAUGACUUAGACAACUGCGAGGAAAUUGUGUACACCGGGCAAGGAGGAAACAAUUUGCUCGGGGAUAAACGCCAAAUCAGUGAUCAGAAGCUCGAAAGAGGCAAUUUGGGUCUGAAGAAUUGUAUGGAACAGUCUGUGCCUGUUAGGGUGGUUCGUGGACAUAAGUGUCAAAACAGCUACGUGGGCAAGGUUUAUACCUAUGAUGGCUUAUACAAGGUUGUUAAUUAUUGGGCAGAAAAGGGAGUCUCUGGUUUUACUGUUUAUAAGUAUCGACUAAAGCGGCUUGAGGGACAGCCACCUUUGACGACGAAGGAGGUGUAUUUUACUAGAGGCCGUAUUCCCAAGUCCUUGUCCGAAAUUAGAGGACUUGUGUCUGAAGAUAUUACGGGGGGCCUAGAGGAUAUCCCAAUCCUUGUCACUAAUCUGGUUGAUGAGCCUCCGAUUUCACCUUUAGGUUUUGUUUACAUCACGAACAUGAAGUACAGCCAGAAUAUAAGUGUUCCCACGAUUGCUCCUGUGGGAUGCGAUUGCAAAGGCAGCUGCACGGAUGCCAGGAGGUGUGCUUGCGCAAAACUUAAUGGUGGAGAUUUUCCUUAUGUACACCGUGAUGGUGGAAGGUUAGUUGAGCCCAAGGCAGUGGUGUUUGAGUGCGGACCAAAAUGUGGAUGUGGGCCUAGUUGUGUCAAUCGGACCAGCCAACAUGGGCCUAGGUUUCGAUUUGAGGUCUUUAAGACUCCGAAAAAGGGUUGGGGUGUCAGAUCAUGGGAUUACAUUCCCUCUGGUGCUCAUAUAUGUGAAUAUAUAGGCCUCCUUAGGCGCACUGCAGAUUUGGACCUUUCAGCAGAUAACAGCUAUGUCUUUGACAUAGACUGCAUUCAGACCAUGAAAGGUCUGGAUGGACGAGAGAGCCGGCUUGCUGAUGUCUCGUUGCCAUCUCACUUGCUAAAGUUUAACGAAGAGGCAUCUGAAAAUGUUCCAUUUUGUAUUGAUGCCGGCAAAACGGGCAAUUUCGCUCGAUUCAUAAACCACAGCUGUCAACCUAACCUAUUUGUCCAAUGCAUGCUCUCGAGUCACCAUGAUCUGAAGCAAGCCCGGAUUAUGCUGAUUGCAGCCGAUAACAUACCGCCACUGAAGAGGGUUAUACAGGAGCUAACAUAUGACUAUGGCUAUGCCUUGGACAGCGUCAUGGGGCCAGAUGGCAAGAUACAAAAAGGCCGUUCUCUUUCGUUUCAAGCAAGCAGCAGUCGUCUCCUUGUCCCUUCGUCCAGAAGCAUCGAGCAUCAUCCCUACUCGUCGGCGUCUAAGCAGACCAUCGUCGUGCGCCGUGAGGGCGGCGCUAGGGGCGGCGUGAGGGGUGGGGUUUGGCGGAGAGAAAGCAAGAUCUGGAGAAGAGGGAGAGAUGAAGGGAGACGAUGGAUCUGGUUUGGUGAGAGAAAGCAAGAUCUGGAGAAGAGAGAGAUGAGGGGAGACGAUGGAUAG